AUGGAUGAAGAGCAAGACGACAGCGACGGACUAGACCGGAAGGCGAAGCAGCUCGUGCUCGACAGUGCCUUCGCCUCCAUGAUCAACGAUAGCGAUCCCGACAAGUUUGACCGCGCCAAGCUUGUGGAAAUCUUGACCGCUCCGUACAUCGAGGACUCCGGCGACGGUAUCGUAGCUUUGGACCCUCACGCCCUUAACAAGCUAUUCACCACCACCGGAAACCUGUUACAGGAAAUGGGGGUUGAGGGGGAGAGGAAGAGGCUCGCGAUGGCGGGGGAGACAGGGGCAAUCGAGGAGGACUACCGACAGGGAUUGACAUCCCACGCCACCAGACUGAACAAGGUACAAGAUUCUUUGGAAGGGGUGGAGCACAGGUUUCGCGAGACGGCCCACAAGGCCGUUCGCAUCGGCGACCGGCUGUCGAAGAUGGAGGGGCAGCGGGCGAGGGCGGCGGAGGCUAUGGAUAUCCUAGAGUUCUUCAAGGUUUUCGAGGGCCUUCCGGAGGGAUUUUCCGAGGAUCAGGACACCGUGGUGCGGUACAUGAAGCUCUUGCCCCCAGUGUUCUGCGACGAAGACAGAAGAGCAGAAGCCGCGACGGUGUUGGCGAAGCUGAAGAGCAUCACGCACGAGCUGGAGUCCAAGGAGCUCGACAAGGCGGCGAAAAACUUGCAGGCCUACAGCGACUUCUUGGAACAAGAGCUACUGGACCUGUUCGAGCGCGCCGCGGGAAGGUCUCCGCCUGAGGUGGCUUUGAUGAGGGAGUGCUCCGACAUACUGUUCGCGCUCAACGAGGGAGAUCACCUGCAGAGCCGCUUCGUCUUCUUCGUCGUCACGCAGGCCGUGUCAAAGCAACCGCAGCCGUAG